AAGAAACAGAUCUCUGCAGCCUAACAGACACCACGUUCAAAGGAGGGUUGGACCAGCCGACCUGCAGGCGGCCCGCAGCCCUGUCCUCCAGCGCAGCCUCCCGCCACCCUGGCCGGUCAGGACCAUGUUUCCCUUCAAGGUGAGCAAAUGGAUGGGGCUUGCCUGCUUCCGCUCCCUGGCGGCGUCCUCGUCCAGCAUUCGCCGGAAGAAACUGAUCCACAAGCUGCAGGAAGAAAAGGCGUUUCGGGAAGAGAUGAAACACUUCCGUGAGAAAAUCGAAGACUUCAGGGAAGAGAUGUGGACUUUCCGGGGCAAGAUCUGCACUUUCAGGGGCCAGAUCUUGGGCUUUUGGGAAGAGGAGAGAACUUUCUGGGAAGAGGAGAAAACCUUCUGGAAAGAGGAAAGAGCCUUCUGGGAAAUGGAGAAAUCGUUCCGAGAAGAAGAGAAAGCCUUUUGGAAAAAGUACCGAAUCUUCUGGAAGGAAGAUAAGGCCUUCUGGAAAGAGGACAACGCCUUAUGGGAACGAGACCGGAACCUUCUUCAGGAGGACAAGGCCCUGUGGGAGGAAGAAAGGGCCCUGUGGGUCGAGGAGAGGGCCCUUCUGGAGGAGGAGAAGGCGCUCUGGGAGGAUAAAAAGUCCCUCUGGGAGGAAGAGAACGCGCUCUGGCAGGAGGAGAAGGCCUUCUGGGUGGAGGGCGGCGGCCAAGUUGCCGAGGAGCAGAUGCUGGAAGGUGGCCACCACGGAGGCCCCCGGUCGCCAGCCUUCCCCCGGCGCAGGGCGUGAGCGCAGGAGCUGAAGGGCCGCGGGGUCCACGCACCGCUGGAUCGGGACUCGUGUCCCGGGUCACUCCGUGUGCCCAGGAGAAUAUGCUCUUAUUUGACUCCUGCCUUCAAAAGAUCUAAUAAAGUCCUGAGGAGCGGUU